AAGUGUUGUCGGGCUCAGUUGGAGAGAGGACUGCGCUCUCUCCAGCUCCAUCAGUGCCAUUCCCUCUUUCAGUCACUAGGGAGAGACUCCGGACUAGAAAAGCUGCUGUUUUCCCACUCACAGGGUCCCACAGCAGCUUCACAGGAUCAGACUCUGCACCGCACCGCCAUCCGCACACCGGCCUGCGGGACGCGUCGCACUCUCCGUCCGGGAUGGAGAAAGACGCAUCUGAACCGGACCCAUCCCGCCAGCGGAACGGGGUCGUGGGCGUGCUGUACGGGGAGUUCACCGACCUGCUCAACGACAGGGUCCGGUACUCUGUGAGCUUAACGGAGAGCGCUCUGACCAUCCAGAAGAUCUCCUCGUCACCCGGCCGGACUAAGGUGGUUUUUAACUUGACCGACUGUGUCGGCUGCCGGGCGUACAGAGGGCCGGACAGCGCGGACGUCGGUGCCUACUUUACAGCUUAUUUCUACCCGUUCAAGAGGCGCUGGAUGAGCGCCGGAGUGGCCCGGCAGAGAGUGGAGCAGUGCUUUAGGGUCGCGCUGGUCCAGGACCCGCACGCCAACCUCCAGGAGGCUGAGAGGUGGGCUUGUGCCAUCAGAGAUGCCUCCGUGUUGCAGGCGCCCCGGAGAGACGGUGUGAUGUAUACGGAGUUGCGUCGGCCUUGCAGAGUCAUGAUGCUGGUGAACCCUCACAGUGGUCGAGGCCAGGCUCUCCAGCUCUUUACUGGCCACAUACAGGGCAUGCUCACCGAGGCCGCUGUUCCCUACACGCUCGUUAUCACAGAGCACCAGAACCACGCGAGGGAGCUGGUGAAGAAGGCGGACCUGUCACAGUGGGACGCCCUGGUUAUCAUGUCUGGAGAUGGGCUGCUGUUUGAGGUGAUAAAUGGUCUGAUGGAGCGAGAGGACUGGCAAGAGGCCAUCCAGACCCCCUUGGGUAUUCUACCAGGUGGCUCAGGCAACGCCCUGGCUGCCUCCGUCCACCACUACUCACAGUCGUCUCCAGCGUGGAACGAGGAGCUGCUGUUAAGCUGUGGUUUCAUGCUGUGCAAAGGUCUGGUUGGCUCCAUGGACCUGGUGUCGAUCCACCUGGCCUCUCGGCAGCGCCUCUUUUCCUUCCUCUCCUUGGCCUGGGGCUUCGUCGCAGACGUCGACAUCGAGAGCGAGAAAUACCGUCAUGUCGGAGCGAUACGCUUCCUGAUGGGCACCCUGGUGCGCCUGGCCUCCCUCAGAGUCUACCAGGGAAGGUUAGCGUAUCUUCCCGUUAACGAGACACUUCCGACAGGGAAGCACCCACCUCCCUCCACUCCUCAGCACCCCUCGCUCUGCUCCUCCCUCCCCUGUCAGCUCAUCCCCAACACCUCCCCGAACCGAAACUCUCGCCGCAAUCACAACAGCACAAAUUCCAACCACAACACUAUCACCAACUCCUCCAACAACGCCAUCACCACCAAGAGAACUGAGACCCAGAGUGAUGGCAAGACCGAAGAACCGGUGGACUCUCUGCUUCCUGGCUUGGACCAGCCAGUUCCAGAGAGCUGGACGGUGGUCAAGGAGGAGGACUUUGUCUUGGUGCUGGCUAUUUACCAGUCCCACCUGGCUGAGGACCUGUGGACAGCCCCUGGCGCAAUGGCAGACGACGGGCUGAUUCAUCUGUUCUACGUGACAGCGGGAAUCUCUCGUCCAGCCCUCCUGCGCCUUUUCCUCGCCAUGGAGAAGGGCGCCCACUUGGCGUGCGGUUGCCCCCACCUGGUGUACGAGAAGGUGAAGGCCCUACGGCUGGAGCCCAUCUCUCCACAAGGCAUGAUCACUGUGGAUGGCGAGAUGGUGGAGUACGGACCUGUUCAGGCUCAAAUCCACCCAGGACUGGCCAGACUUAUAUGUGGAUGAACUUGGAUUAUCUUAAUCUUCUUCUGGCUGUAGAGCUUUCUAGUUUGGCCUUUUAUACUCAGUGUUGAUUUCUUUUUACGUAUGCUGUGUUUUUCAGAAGUGCCAAAGACAUUUUAUCUCUGGAAAAUUCCUCUAUUUUUCUACAGAAACAUUUUGUCCUAUUUUUAUGGACCCCCCUCUGUCACCUCUUUCUCUCAAUGUUUGAUUUUUAAUUCAGGGUCAAAGCCAUGGAUGGUUGUUCUUGAUGCUGGCUGGUCCCAGCUUAGAGAAAAAUGUGAAGGGAUUACGUUUGUGUGUGUGUGUGUGUGCAUAAGAUAGAUCUUUAUGUAUGCUUGUGCGCACUCGAGUGUGUGUAUGUGUGAGACUGUGCAUGAGGAGCUUUGGCACAUGCAGUGGCAGUGAGGAGUGCAUUGUGCACUCUUGCUGUCCGACCUAAUAAGCAUGAAACACAUGAAGAGAAGCACAUUUUCCCGUCCUUGGAGGGCUUGUGGAGAAACAACGCCCCUUGUCCCACCGUACGCCAAGCCUGGGGUCGGCAAUCUCCCUCCUGGGCAGCCUCCGCUUGAGCCUGGCAAAGAGGAGCUUUCUUCCUGAGGAGAUAGAAAUCUUUUGGGGGAUUUGAUCUUGAAAAAUCUCGUCUAUAUAAAAAACUCAAACAAUACCAAAUCAAAGCAUCAGUUCCCGGUGAAUUCGACUCCCCCCUUUUCAUUUUUACUGUGUGUGUGUGUGAAAACUUCCUCCAGCUGAUAAUGCAUGCGGCGUCGGUGGAGCAGAGCCUGAGCUGAGGUUACACCUCCACCGCCGGCCCAUCCAUUUCCUGUCCUGCUCUCUUUACCCUGCUUCAACUGCAACCAUCAUCAAACUGUAGGAACCCGCCUCCACUCACACAUAAACACACACUCUCACUUUUCUCCCCCCCCCCCAUCCUCCUCCUCUGCACUUACACUCAUGAGCACACAUUCCCUCGCAUCUCUGCAGCACUUAGCGGGGGGGAGGGGCAUGGUCUGCUACUGUGCAUAUGAUCCCCUCUCCUCUUGCCAUCUUAAGAUUGUCAUCUCUCUCUCUCUCUCUCUCUCUCUUCUUUCCCAUCCUUGGUUAAUGAGCCAUCAGCACCUAAUGUGUCCUUAAUAUUGUCUCCGAAAAGCGUGCAAAAUAGACUUCCCUGGAGUGAUUUUUUUUUAUUUUUUCAAAUCCUACGAAAGCUUUUAAGUGAGUUUCAGCGCUUCACACUUCUUUAGACUGGAGGAGAGAGCAGGGUUUCCACACGGGAUCAGUCAGCGUUGCAUAUCGAGAGAGGCAUGCGAUCAGUGUGAGCUGCAUGGAGUCAAGCGCUCUGCUCCGAGCUGUGUGUGGCCUUUUUCUCGCUGGUUUGCUGGUGCUGUGGUGAUGAGCAUCAGUGCUCCGGGGCAGAAGAGAGUGCAGAUGUUAGCAUUAUCAUCACACACACACACGUAUACACACACACACCAGUUUAUUUCAGGUCACAGUGGCCAAUGCCAGAAUUAUUACACCCACAGGUAUGCAGCAACUUAGAGACUGACCUUAAAAACAAAUCAUAAUCUUCAGUUAUGAUAAAACAACAGGAUGUUAACAGGGUAGACGAGUUUAUACUCUAUGAAUUUCUGAAGAAUCUGUGCUAUGCUAUGCUGAAAGUGAUGAUGACAGGCUAAUGGGGUCCAAAGAUGUGCUGAUUAUAACAUUUUAAAGGGUUUGAUGAACACAUUACUGUGCAUCCCGAGCGCAGUACAGUCAAUGCAAUGAGCUGAUGGCGCACAUUCUUUUCCUGCUGAUAUUUGUGGAGCUUUAUGAAAGAAAAAAAGUGUUGGUGGAUUCUACUGGGAGAGGCGUAAAUAUUAAAAAUAUCUUUGCGUAAUGCAAACAGAAGGAAGGCCUCUUUAGGGACCGUGUGAAAAUUAUUGGGAGCGUGGAAGAGGGGGCUAAACCUUUUUGUUUCACUGUGUUAAGAAGUAAAGCUCUGCAUAGUGUUGUUGAGAUUUGGAUGCAUAAGAGGAAACAUGAUUAACUUUGCCAAACUGAAAUUUAUAAGCUAAAUAUAUACAAAACACAUUUGGGCUCGCUGAUAUAGCCAACAAAUAAAAUCUUGAUUUCUGUCAUAAUUCAAAUAUCUUAUUUUUGUAUCUUCAUGUGCACGAAAAAAACAAACAAACAAACCUGCACUUAAUCAAGGCUGUCUUCACUGUGCACAUUUAAAACAAAAAAUAAAUAAAUACAGGUUAUCUAAUCCAGCUGUGGUCCAUCAGUGCCAGAUGCUUCAGUUAAAUGUAGGACAGACGUUAAUUAUCAGUUGCAGCAUCAGUUCAUCCCCUGCUGUUUGUGUUUCUUGACAAGACCUCGGGCUGGUAUCUGCAGAUAGAUGCUAUCUAGCAUUAACUACCCAGCAGGUAGAGACAGAAUAAGUCCCUUUAAGAGCUACAAUGUACUUGAAGUUGACUUCUUCCAUCCAUAUUCACUGUAGUGCCGAUUUCUUUUUGCCUAUUACUUGAUUUUUUAAAACAUAUUUACACUUUACAUUAACUGUAUGAUAGUCAUAGCUGCGACUCGUGUACGACAUACUGUAUCUUCUACCAUUACUGUAUCCUCAGUGAAGCCGUCAAGGUGCUUUGAAUGCAUUAUCAUGUGCCCACAUGCACUGUUCAUUACUAAAUGUAUAAAGUGCAUGACACUCGGGUAGAGAUAAGCUAUGCAAAUGCGUUGUCAUGGCCGCAGAUAUGUGGAGUGAGGGGUCCCUCUGCUGGACCUCACUGAGCGACAUCCUCAUGUUAUGCAAUGCAAUCUUUCCUGCUUCUUGUAUGUACAGUCAUGGAUGGGUUACAACAUUAAGCUCAGCUGCAGGAGACAUUUUUAAAAAUAUAUAUAAAUCUCCAUUAAUGGAAGCCAACAUCCAGCUUAUUGUAAUUUAUAAUCAGAGAAAUGUACUUGAUACUUGCGUAGAACAGCUGCAAAUAAUAAUCAAUGUCAACAUCUCGGUGUAGGGUGUUGUUACACUACUGUUAACUUAUGGUACUGUACUGUUCAAUUCUUUAUUUCCACUGGCUGCUUUAAUGUAACAGCAGUUUUUACAUAUGUUAAUAUUUGUCUUUGUUAAUACUGUCAUUGCAUUUUAUAAAUGUUUGAGGAGACGUGUCACAGAAAGGAGAUAAACCUCUCUGAAGCAGCAUCGCUCGGUGACCCGAUGAUGUUUUUCUCAUGAACAUUCGUGUCUUGCUAUUGUAUCCACACUUCAUCAAAAGCCUGAAAUAACGACAUGAUUUUACAGAUCGCUGACGAAUGUUUUAUUCAUUGUUUUGUCGUUUAAUGUAGUGGUAUAGAUGGGCUUUCUAGUCCAGUAGAUCAGGGCCAUCCAUGUGUUAUGGUUGAAUGUGUUCUACUGUUAGUUUAGGUAACCGUUUUGUAUAAAUCGUGUGCCACGUGUUUGCAGCUUUUCACUUUAAAGUACGUGCAAAUAAAGUGCCUUAGCCAUAACCCAAGACAGCAGAUAGGUGAUGAACAGGAAAACAAACACUUUUAUGAUUUUAGUGAAAGACAGUACAGUGGUGUGCAUCAGUGUUACGCUCCAGGCUCUGAUAGACAGGCUACAAUACAAACACAGUCUCUUUUUGUGAAGGCAUGAGUGUAUGUGAUCUGUAAAGCAUUCUUAAAGAGGGUUUCAAGUUUUAACGUCCAUAAAAGGUUGUUAUUACACUCCUUGAGCUGGCUGUUGCCUGGCUACUCAUCAUCUGCUUUUAUUUUCUUGUACUUCUUCGUUUCUAGACUUCUUUUUA